CCCCACCGAACCUCCUGAAGAAAAACAAACCUGGCUGGGCGCACUCAGUCAUUCAGUCUGCGGCUCUCCGACAGAACACCACCCGGGACACGACUAAAAGAGGGAAACUGCGCACCAUGGACGUGCCUGAGCCAGCUAUCCAGAUCUUCGAGCAGCCCAAGCAGAGGGGAAUGCGCUUCAGGUACAAGUGUGAGGGUCGCUCUGCCGGGAGCAUCCCUGGCGAGAAGAGCUCCGACAACAACAGGACCUACCCCAGUCUGCAGAUCCUGAACUACUGCGGGAAGGGGAAGGUCCGUGUUUACCUGGUGACAAAGAACGAGCCCUACCGGCCACAUCCGCACGACCUGGUGGGGAAGGACUGCAAAGACGGAUUCUACGAGGCCGAGUUUGGCCCCGACCGCAGAGUGAUGGCUUUUCAGAAUCUGGGCAUCCAGUGCGUGAGGAGAAGGGAAGUUAAGGAUGCCAUCCUUCAGAGGAUCACAAGAGGGAUCAACCCAUUCAACGUGCCCAGGGAGCAGCUGAUGCAGACGGAAGAGUACGACCUGAACGUGGUCCGCCUGUGCAUCCAGGUAUUCCUGCAGGACGAGAAUGGCCACUACACCCGACAACUCAACCCCAUUGUCACAAACCCCAUCUACGACAACAGAGCCCCAAACACAGCUGAGCUGAGGAUUUGUCGGGUCAACAGGAACAGUGGAAGUGUUAAAGGAGGUGAUGAGAUUUUCCUGCUAUGUGACAAAGUACAAAAAGAUGACAUUGAAGUGAGAUUUUUCUCCUCUAAUGGAUGGGAGGCCAGAGGUUCUUUUUCCCAGGCCGACGUUCAUCGCCAAGUGGCGAUUGUGUUCAAGACUCCGCAGUACUAUAACACCAACAUAACCGAGUCGGUCACCGUCCACAUGCAGCUGCGCCGACCCUCCGAUCAGGAAGUCAGCGAACCGAUGGAUUUCAGAUACCUGCCUGAAAACAAAGACCCUUACGGCUACAAUGAGAAAAAACGCAAAAUAGAGGACUUGCUUAGGAGAUCAGAAUUUACAGGUGGUCUUGCAGUGGGUAGGCCAAAGGCUGUGCCUCAUAGUGCAAUGGCUCACGUGAGGAAAGACCUUAGAGGCAUGUACCUGAGGCAGACCCCCCCUAUGAUGCAGCAACAGGCCCCAGUAUUUAACCCGUCCUACCAGCCAGCAGAUCAGGCAACCAGUGCAAUGAUGACAUCACAGGCUCCUAAUUUACAGCUUGGUAACCCAUGGGCUAAUCCCAACCCCACUAUCUCAAUGGACACGGUCACUAUAAACCCAUCAGGAUCAAUGAGCAACCACCCAAACAGCAGCAGGCAGCACCAGCCAAAUCAUGGAUCUGGAUACCCCCACAAACUGGAUCACACAAGCUGUGAGAACAACGUCCUCCCUCAGCUCUCCAUGCAGGAUUUGCGGUGUUUGGACACAGGUUCUCAGGGCAAUAUGAUGAACCCAUCCGAGUCUCAGCUGCUAUUCCAGCAACAGCUUCAAAGAGAGGGUCUUAACUCUGACACCCAGACCCAGAACCAAAUGGCCAUUCAGAACCAAGGUCUCCAGAAUAUGUGGCAAGUCUUUGGUCCCGUCCAUACAGUCCAAAAUAACACCAGCAACUUCAAUGGAUCAGUACCUGGAGGCGGGUCCCAAGGCCUCGGCUCUUUCCCCUUACUAGAGGGAAUGGCAGGGGAGGAUUUUUUGAAGGGGCUUGUUGGAGGGACUGGCUUCCAGUGUAAGCAGGAGCCCCAGAUCCCUGUUGGACAAGAUGGCAGCAGCAAUCUAGUGCAGUCCCAGAGAGAGAGCCAAGGAAAUACUUACACCAACCUGCUCCCUCGCCCCAUGAGCAACGGUGCCAACAUGGAUCUGAGGCGGCAAGAUCUUUGUGGCAUCACGCAGCCUCUCACAAAUCUUCAGAUUCCUUUUGGGAGCAACAACAUGACCUCAGAGGUCCGCUAUGAAAAUCUGUCUGACUGGGUCAAAUCUUCUCCGCAAAGUAAAUGAAGGUGAAAUAAUGUGGUAUCAGGAGAAUCUGUUUAGCUUUGUAAAGCCAGAAUCUUUUGCAUGCUAGCCUCAGAUGCACAUCUGGCACCAGCUUGGGUUGUUACAGCUAGUGGUACAAGACCAGGUUUGGCAGCCAGUUGGAUCCAGUUUAUUGUUUCGGUAGAGCUUUACCAAAAAGGUAAAGGUUUUUUAGCCAACCAUCGGAGAUAUUAGGUCGUCCUAAUUCCUAAAACAUUUCCCAAACAUUACUGAGCAAAUUAAGUUUCUUGUCAAAUUGGAUAUGGAAAGCUGAGCUUUACCUUUGAAUCGCUGCUGGAGAUGAUGAACUGCAUCUGUGGUUUGCCUCCAGGUGCUGGUGUUUUGGAAACUGGUCAGUGUUAAUGGGCCAAGAUGGAUUUGGCUGGUUUCUGCAAGAUUAGGACAUAUUAAUGGAAAAACAUUCUUUAGGCUGUUAGGAAGAGCUGACCAAACAGCAGGCUAAUGACUUCCAAGCCAAAGGUAAAUAUUUGAAGACGUGAAUGUACUUUCUUUCUUUCUUUCUUUCUUUUCAAUAAGCAAAGUUUAAUUAUCUGUCACUCAAUAUGAGUACUGAAUGUUUUCUUUCAAGUAAUCUGUUAAGAAAAGCAGGUUUAUCUACAUACAUAUAUAUAUACAUGUAUA